AGAGCUCUUCAAACAAAUACAUCCAGAAUCAUUCCGUUUCAAUUCCUCGCUGCUUGCGGAUGCAAACUUUCAUCAUGUUCAGGAUCGAAACCUAUAUUAUGUAUUCAUUAAUUGCGUGGAAUCUGUGUGGAUGCCAAUCGGAAUCGCAGGAUAGUGCCCGGUCUGUAUGCCUGCUGCAAGAUCCGCCGAAUCAGUGCGGGGAGUUCUGCCUCUCUGUGCUGGAACCCCUUUUGGGUCACAUUGCCAAGCACCAGGAGCAAUGGAACACCUCCGAUGCCCUCAAACUAAACGACGCCCAAGCCAAACUGGACAGAAUCCAGACCAAGUUGGACUGGCAAGCCACAUCCCUGGGGGAUUCCCUGAAGAAAGUCCUAACCCAGGACUUUCAGGAUAAGCUUACCAGAAUGGAAGCUCACCAGACGGACAUUCAAAAGUCAAUGGGUUCGCAAUUGGAUAUGCAGAUCAAUCUGGAAAAGCAGCAAAAGUCCCUGGCGGAGACUUUUAAGAGUAUCGUCCCGGAAAACUUUGCGGAGAUGCUGGGCAAAAUGAAGGAAGAGCAGACAUCUUUUCAGGAGAUUCUUAAGAAAAUUCCACUUGAUGUCGAGCAGAAACUUGCUACAAUGCAUGAUCAACAGAAGUCCCUUGGGGCUCAAUUAGAAGAUCAGAAAUCCCAGCUGGAAGCUCUUAGGAAAACCAUCCCAGAAAACUUCGAGGAGAGGCUGACAACAUUACAGGAAAAUAUAAAGAAAAUGCCGGAGGGCUUGGAGGGAAGACUGGAGAGGUUGGAAAACAAUCAGAAGGAUAUGCAGACAAAGAUGGAGGCUCAACAGGUCAGACUUAUGAACACUCUUACCAAAAUUUACGCUAAAGUCUAUUGGCCGAAGUUUGAGCGAAUCGGCUCUAGUCUUUUCUUUAUCGAUCGCAAAAAUGCAUACAGUUGGCUUACAGCCGUGAACACCUGUCGCGAAAUGGAUGGCUUUAUAGCCUCCAUCAAAGACCAAGAGGAGUUGGACGCCAUUAAGGCGAAACUGGGUGGGGAGCACUACUGGCUGGGCAUCAACGACCGAGACAGCAGGGGGGUCUACGUAUCCCACGCAUCCGGAGAGAAAGCUCCAUUUUUGAAGUGGAAAAGCGGGGAACCCAACCACGGUGAAAGCGACGAGCGCUGCGUUGAACUUGUGAACGGCGAGAUGAACGAUGAACCGUGUUCCAAAGAGAAGUUUCUAAUUUGCCAAGCUAACUUUGAUUUGUAGCUUAAUACAAUGCUGUUCUGUUUAAAGAGAAAUACAACCUAUUAAAACAUUA